UCCUUUCUCCAUCGGAUGGAUUCUACUGGCUUUGUCUCCUGGCACGGGUGUAAAGGUGUAAGGGAGGGACCCUGGUCACCCGAUGAGGAACACUGAGUCUUCGGACGCCUGACAGCUCUACAUCCUGAUCAGUGUGAAUCACACUGGCAAAGGACCAGAAAGACCACAAUAACUGAGGCUCAAUUUGACCAUACAUCAUUUGACCAUACGUCAUUUGACCAUACUGUAUGUGACUGACUGUGGUGAACUGUUAGAAGCCAAGUUGACCUGAGUGAACUGCAAUUCUGCCUCAUGGGGAAGACUAGUAAGAGCACAGUGAACCUCAACUCCCCAACAGAGGUCAAACAGGCCAUCCCUUUCGAGGACAUGGAGGCAGUUGCCCCCCCAGAAGGCGAGGAGAAGAAAGAGGAAGUGCCCCCUGAUAGGGGCUCCUGGAAGGGCAAGUUUGACUUCCUGUUGUCAUGUGUGGGCUAUGCCAUCGGACUGGGGAAUGUCUGGAGGUUUCCCUACCUGUGUGGCAAGAACGGAGGAGGGGCUUUCCUAAUCCCGUACUUCCUCACCCUGGUGUUUGCUGGGAUACCUCUGUUCCUACUGGAGACGUCACUGGGCCAGUUCAACUCUGUGGGGGGUCUGGGUGUGUGGACCAAGCUAAUGCCCAUGAUGAAAGGUGUUGGCCUGGCCUCAGUGGUCCUGUCCUUCUGGCUCAACAUCUACUACAUUAUCAUUAUUGCCUGGGCCCUCUACUACCUCUUCAGCUCCUUCAAAGCGGAACUGCCGUGGGAGGGUUGUGAUAACCCGUGGAACACAGAGAGCUGUUUCUCCAACUACAGUCUCACUGACACCACCAACCUCACCAGUGCUGUCACUGAGUUCUGGGAGAGGAACAUGCACCAGCUGUCCGGUGGUCUUGAGGAGCCAGGUGAGGUGCGUUGGCCCCUGGCUGGAACUCUGGCCCUGGCCUGGGUCCUCGUCUACUUCUCCAUCUGGAAAGGAGUGGAGUGGACAGGCAAGGUGGUCUAUUUCUCCGCCACGUACCCCUACUUCAUGCUGAUAAUCUUAUUCUUCCGUGGGGUUACUCUCCCGGGGGCCAAGGAGGGCAUCCUCUUCUACAUCACCCCUGACUUCAACAAACUCCUAAAAUCUGAGGUGUGGCUGGACGCUGCCACACAGAUCUUCUUCUCCUAUGGACUGGGUCUGGGUUCUCUCAUCGCCCUGGGAAGCUACAACUCCUUCAACAACGAUGUGUACAGGGACUCCUUGAUCGUGUGCUGUAUAAAUUCCUUCACAAGCAUGUUUGCAGGCUUCGUCAUCUUUUCUAUUGUGGGAUUCAUGUCCUACAUCACCAAGAAGCCUGUCCAGGAGUUAGCUGCCUCAGGCCCAGGCUUGGCGUUCCUGGCCUACCCGCAGGCAGUCACCCAGCUGCCCAUGUCGUCCCUCUGGGCCAUCCUCUUCUUCUCCAUGCUGUUGAUGCUGGGCCUGGACAGUCAGUUCUGUACAGUAGAGGGCUUCAUCACAGCUCUGAUGGAUGAGUUCCCCAUGGUGCUGAGGAAGAGGAAGAAGAUCUUCAUCCUCAUUGUCUGUGUAAUUUCCUUCCUCAUCGGCUUCUCAAACAUCACACAGGGUGGUCUCUAUGUCUUCAAGCUGUUUGAUUACUACUCGGCCAGCGGAAUGUGCCUCCUCUUCCUCGUCUUUUUUGAAACCAUCUCAAUAUCCUGGUUUUAUGGAGCUGAGAGGUUCUAUCGGGAUAUUGAGGACAUGAUUGGCUAUCGACCUUGCAUCUGGUGGAAGUUCUGCUGGAUGUUCUUCACUCCAGCAAUCUGCCUGGGGGUGUUUACAUUUAGCGCCAUUGAGAUGACACCCCUGACUUUGGGGAAAUAUGUGUACCCGGCGUGGGGCCAGGGAGUUGGCUGGAUGAUGUCUCUAUCGUCUAUGGUGCUGGUACCAGGCUACGUCAUAUUCAUGUUCUGCACCUCCAAAGGCAGCAUCAAACAGCGUUGGCACAAGAUGACCACCAGCACACCUCGGGAAAGUGCCCCAGUCACACACCAGAACUCACAUGUGGGAAGCAUGGGCGAAGCCACCGUCUGACAGAGUACAGGAAAAGGUUUACCGCCUGCGCACUGAACCCAGGGCAGUUGGGCACUUCUAACUAUAAGGAGGGAGAGUAGAAUUUUGGGUGGGGCAAACUGAUCCUAGAUCUGUGCCUACCGAUGGCGUCUAGCCCCUAGUUGACAGACACAGGCUGGGAGCCAUACUGCAUCCUAACUAAACAUGUCACUUCAAUUAUUGAACACAAUAGAUCUACUAUACACUACUUUAUGUAAUCCAUAUAGUGACACCGUUUCCUAUACAAAGUAAUCAUGGUCCACGUCACAGAAAAAGCCUUUUGUAAAGUAUUGGAGUACAGUGACAAUAAUGUUUUUCUUGUAUGUACAUUUACUGUAUAUACUGUAAGGUUGUAAUUCUUGAGAUGUUUUUUCUUCCGUGAUCCAGUAUAAGAUUUUAGUUCAGGUGUCUAGUGUUUGCAAUAAUAGGCGAAUUAACAGCUUUUACUAUAAAUAUUGUUGGUGAAAUGUUACGUUUUUAAAUGCUUAUACUGUAACUGGCUAUUGCAUGAUGGUACAUCAUGCUUGUUUCUGAUAGUUUUCAACUGUAUUUUAUUUCUGCAAGAUCAAUUAGUGUAACAAUCUGUAUUUAAAAAAUUUAAAUUUGUACCGUAUGAAGCAGACUUAGGAAUGAUAACACGGUUUGACCUUUUCUAAUCACUACAUAUGUACUAUGACAAAGGAUUUGAUCAGGUAUUGAGUUGCUGGGUUUUUUCAGUUCAAUAAAACAAAUUAAAACAU